CUUCACAGCAGCCAUGUACCUGUACCUCCUGGGGCUGGUGGUUUUCUACUAUCUGUACCGCUGGGUCAGGGAACUCCCCAGGGUCUCAGACAAGAAGAAUAAAUAUGUGUAUAUCACCGGCUGUGACACCGGCUUUGGCAACCUGCUGGCCCGGCAUCUGGACAAGCAGGGAUUCAGAGUGAUUGCCUCGUGCUUCACGGAGAAGGGAGAAGAAGAUAUGAAGAAGUCCUGUUCCAGCAACUUGAUCACAACGCACCUUGAUGUCAGGAGCAACGAGAGUGUGGCAAAAGUUGCAGCAAUGAUCAAGGACAAAGUUGGAGUAUGUGGCCUAUGGGCCCUAGUGAACAAUGCAGGCGUAUCCGUCCCUUCUGCCCCGUGUGAUUGGUUAACCAUUGAGGACUACAAGUCAAUGCUGGAUGUGAACUUAAAUGGCCUGAUCGCCGUGACCCUGAGCGUCCUACCACUCAUCAAGAAGGCUAAGGGAAGAGUGGUCAAUGUCGCAAGUGUGUUUGGAAGGAUCAGUCCUACAGGAGGCCCUUACACAGUCUCCAAGUAUGGUGUGGAGGCUUUCAAUGACAGCCUCAGGUUGAACAUGAUGGAAUUUGGGGUAAAGGUCCUCUGCAUUGAGCCGGGCUUCUUCAAAACAAACGUAACUGAUCCUGGCAACCUGCUAAAACAGACCAACAUCUUGUGGAACAAACUGCCCCAGGAGGUCAGAGAUGACUACGGGCCAGAUUAUGUGCAGAAAAUAAGCAAGAUGAUAAAUGAAAAGCUUUCCAAGAUGUCUGACAGUGAUCUGAUGAAGGUGGUCAGCUGCAUGGAGCACGCCGUCUCUGCUGUCCGGCCACGCACUCGAUACUCCCCAGGCUGGGAUGCCAAGUUUUUCUGGCUACCUCUGUCGUACAUGCCAUCCUGUGUCAGUGAUUACAUUCUGAGCAGAGAAGCCAUCCCUAUUGCAAAAUCUAGAAAAUAAUGCAUGUGUGUGGUUCUA